AUGAAAAAUACAUCAAACUUUUUUCGUGUAUUAUGGUUGUUUUUUCUGUUAGUUUUGUCGUUAGGAAUCUUUGUGAAGUCUGAAGAAUCAGAUUUUGCUAUUAAAGAUGUUAAAAUAGCAGUUACAGACGGUGAAGGAGUCCGAAAAUUAUCUCAAAACUUAGCAUAUCCAACACCGCUCUCUGAGAUAUUAAAACUAAAUCAAGAUGAUAAUUUGAAAAUGAUAUUAACAAUUAAAGAUGCAAAAACUGACAAACCCAUUAAACCACAUCAAGCAUUCUUGUCCUUUACGAAUAAAGAAAAAGGAUCACAAGUAGCAUUAAUAGUGCAAAUUCGUGAUAAUGGUAAAGCGCGUGUAGAAUUGGACAUGAAAUCUGCGCCAACAGAACUUUUAUUGGGUCCAGCAGACUAUGAAGUAGACUUAAUUAUUGGAACAUUUUCACGUAGCAAUUCAAUCAAAUAUCAAAUUGGUAAGGCUCACAUAGACGUGCCAGAGAAGACUCUACCACCUCCACUUCUAGUGUACGGUCCUCGUCCGGAAAUUCUUCAUAUUUUCGGUAACCCUGAGCGUUUGCCGCCUAUGUGGCUUUCAUAUGGUUUUGUGCUAAUUGCAAUUGCUCCGUGGAUUAGUCUAAUAAUAUCUUGGUCAUACCUCGAUGUAAAUCUAUCAUUCCUGACCGGUGCACCAAACAUUUCCUCGAUCAGUUUUUUAGUUUCGUUGGUUGCAAUCGAGAUUCUUUUCUAUAAUUAUUGGACACAUCUUAAUAUAUUUCAGACUUUAUCGUGGUUAACAGGUUUGAGUCUUUUGGCCUUUUUUACUGGACAGAGAGCAUUGAGCGAUAUUCAAGGGUGGAGGCUCAAAGGGUUACGGUGA